AUGGCUUCGUUCGCGGAGGUAUUGAAAGUCGAGCCGGUCGACUCUCAUUCGUAUAGGGUUGGACUCCUAACUGAAUGGAGUAUUGGAUCUGUGCCACAUGGAGGCGUAGUGACAUCGGUCCUCCAGGCCGUCGCCAAGCAUCAUUUCUCAACGACGCUGCGAUCGCAGAACCAGCCGGACUGCAUCACGCUUCACGUCGACUUUGUGCAACGCACUUCUGUGGGACCCGCUAUAGUUAAGGUCAAGGACAUCAAGCUUGGACGGCAGACGUCCACGGUUCAGCUGACCCUCACCCAAGAUGGGCGCGAUGAGGUCAUCGCGGUGUUGACGCAUGCGAACAUCACAGCCGAAUCCGGGCUCUCAUUGCCAACAGCGUGGAGGCUGAGCCCGAGCCCUGAGCCUGCAGACCUGAAGCAACUCCUCGCCCAUGGCACUGACGGCACAUGGACUCAGUGGAAGUCUCCACGCCCGGAUUUCCGCAAAGCAUCUGUCAACAUGGAUUUCUUUAUUCCCAAGCAAGGUCGAGCAGAGCGAGGUGUUAUGGACCAGUGGAUCAAGUUCAAGAACGGGGAAUGCUUUACCAAUACCUGUUUAGGCCUAUUGAGCGAUAUGUUCCCUCAAAUGGUCGAAUCUUAUAGCGAAGACGAGGAGGCAAUACAGAAAGCGGGAAUCGGGAAAAAAGAGUUAACCAUGCAUUGGUAUCCGACACUCGCAUUGAAUCUAGAUGUCAAGAGGCUUUUACCUGAGGAGGGAGCGCAGUGGAUGUUUAUCAGGAUCCAGUCCAAGCUCAUUCACAAUGGGAGGAAGGAUCUGGAAGUCAUCAUUAUGAAUGAGGAGCAGGAGGUAGUGGCACUUAGUCAUCAUGUGGCCAUGAUUCUUAGUGCUGCCAGAAAUCUAGCGAAACGGGGCGGCGGUCAGAAUGACAAGGAGAGUGCGAGCCGGCUGUAG